AAUUGGCGCGCUCGUCUGAAUGGCGUUUGGCGCGGAGCAGUGACGGCUGCGAUAAUAGCGAGGCAGCAGUGCAGCUUUCAGAGGGUCCGGGCUCAGAGGGGCUAUGAUUCGGAGGGUUCUGCCGCACGGCAUGGGCCGGGGCCUCUUGACCCGGAGGCCAGGCACGCGCAGAGGAGGCUUUUCUCUGGUGCUUGGCACAAUGCAUGAAAAGGGAGACUGAUGGCAUGUGGACUAUUCAGAAAACUGUGGCAACACUGUUGGGUGCAAGGUGACCUUAUGAGAUGGGCUGACAGUGGGGACUGCCAACUCAUGUGUCUGUUUAGCUCACCUUUUCCUGUGCCCAUCCUCCAACCCCCCAACCAUGUGGGAAGGAAAUGUUUGGCCCUCUGACCCUAACUACAUCCCACAGACUGGGAUGGAAAGGUGUCUGAGAUUAAGAAGAAGAUCAAGUCGAUCCUGCCUGGAAGGUCCUGUGAUCUACUGCAAGACACCAGCCACCUGCCUCCCGAGCACUCGGAUGUGGUGAUCGUGGGAGGUGGGGUGCUUGGCUUGUCUGUGGCCUAUUGGCUGAAGAAGCUGGAGAGCAGACGAGGUGCUAUUCGAGUGCUAGUGGUGGAACGGGACCACACGUAUUCACAGGCCUCCACUGGGCUCUCAGUAGGUGGGAUUUGUCAGCAGUUCUCAUUGCCUGAGAACAUCCAGCUCUCCCUCUUUUCAGCCAGCUUUCUACGGAACAUCAAUGAGUACCUGGCCGUAGUCGAUGCCCCUCCCCUGGACCUCCGGUUCAACCCCUCGGGCUACCUCUUGCUGGCUUCAGAAAAGGAUGCUGCAGCCAUGGAGAGCGACGUGAAAGUGCAGAGGCAGGAGGGAGCCAAAGUUUCUCUGAUGUCUCCUGAUCAGCUUCGGAACAAGUUUCCCUGGAUAAACACAGAGGGAGUGGCUUUGGCGUCUUAUGGGAUGGAGGACGAAGGUUGGUUUGACCCCUGGUGUCUGCUCCAGGGGCUUCGGCGAAAGGUCCAGUCCUUGGGAGUCCUUUUCUGCCAGGGAGAGGUGACACGUUUUGUCUCUUCAUCUCAACGCAUGUUGACCACAGAUGACAAAGCGGUGGUGUUGAAAAGGAUCCAUGAAGUCCACGUGAAGAUGGACCGCAGCCUGGAGUACCAGCCUGUGGAAUGCGCCAUUGUGAUCAACGCAGCCGGAGCCUGGUCUGCGCAAAUCGCAGCGCUGGCUGGUAUUGGAGAGGGGCCGCCUGGCACCCUGCAGGGCACCAAGCUACCUGUGGAGCCGAGGAAAAGGUAUGUGUAUGUGUGGCACUGCCCCCAGGGACCAGGCCUAGAGACUCCGCUUGUUGCAGACACCAGUGGAGCCUAUUUUCGCCGGGAAGGAUUAGGUAGCAACUACCUAGGUGGUCGUAGCCCCACUGAGCAGGAAGAACCGGACCCGGCGAACCUGGAAGUGGACCAUGAUUUCUUCCAGGACAAGGUGUGGCCCCAUUUGGCCCUGAGGGUCCCAGCUUUUGAGACUCUGAAGGUUCAGAGCGCCUGGGCCGGCUAUUACGACUACAACACCUUUGACCAGAAUGGCGUGGUGGGCCCCCACCCGCUAGUUGUCAACAUGUACUUUGCUACUGGCUUCAGUGGUCACGGGCUCCAGCAGGCCCCUGGCGUUGGGCGAGCUGUAGCAGAGAUGGUACUGAAGGGCAGGUUCCAGACCAUCGACCUGAGCCCCUUCCUCUUUACCCGCUUUUACUUGGGAGAGAAGAUCCAGGAGAACAACAUCAUCUGAGCAUGCGUGCUCUGCACUGGCUCCACUGGCUUGCAUCCUGGCUGUGUUCACAGCCUUCUUUGCUGCUUCCAUCUUCCCUAGCACUGUGCCAGGCCUUCUCCCCCUCCCCAGUGUCCUCUCCUCUCAGGCAGGCCAUUGCACCCAUAUGGCUGGGCAGGCACAGGCACUGAGGCCCAGGCCAAUAGCGAGUGAUGAGCGGGAUCCUAGGACUGAUCUGUAGCCCAUGCUGAUGUCACCCACCAGGGCAAUCCAUCUGGAGGCCUGAUCACCCUGGCCCAGGACUGGCUCCAUCCUGGCACUGACCAGGAAAGACUGCCUCUGACCCUCUUAGCAGACAGAGCCCAGGCAUGGGAGCACUCUGGGACAGCCUGGCUCAGGUUUAUUGAUUUUCGUCUGUUUACCCUAUCCAUUAAUCAAUACAUGUAAUUAACUCCUUC